UCACCCAAGAAUUGAUUAACAUUCAUAGGGAGAAAAGGAAAGUGGUGAAUACCCGAAAGAAAAGGGAGGGAAGCUGAUUCAAGUUCCCACUGCAAAUACAUCGCGAGCAGGGAGACAAUCAAGCACAGAAUGGCUAUUUUAUAACUGGGGUCUCUGACGUAUGGCUGAGUGUUUGCUGGCAGAGAUCUUUAUGGACCAGUAGGCAGAUCGCAACUGAAGCUGACAAGACUUUGUGCAUUUUAGAAAGGAGUGUAAUCUACUGUAGUGAGGAACAGAGCCACUCAAUCACUGCAGUGGUAAAUAAGGGACAGAAGUGAAGGAAGAAAGAAGGAAGAGAGAGAAAAGUCUUUGCUGGGGGUGGGGAGCGAAAGCAUUUUUGGUGGAUGGUAUAAAGCCAGCCAUGGAAACUGCAGCCGAGGAGAAUACAGAACAAAGCCAAGAGAAAAAAGUGAUCACCAGACCAGAAAUGGAAAUUGGCAGGUACCAAUGGAUGUACAGGAAUUCAAGGCUACACCAGUACCAUCAUGUGCCAGCAUUGAGAGGCAAUGUUGGCCCUUUGGGGAUUCAAGGUUGCUUUGAAUGUUGCAUUAAGUGCCUGGGAGGAGUCCCAUAUGCUUCACUUGUGGCUACUAUUCUUUGCUUCUCUGGGGUAGCCUUGUUCUGCGGCUGCGGUCAUGUUGCUCUUGCUGGGACCAUCACUAUCCUCGAACAGCGCUUCUCCACAAACGCCACUGAUCAUGCUUUGUUGUCUGAAGUAAUAAAGUUAAUGCAGUAUGUGAUCUAUGGCAUUGCAUCAUUUUUUUUCUUGUAUGGAAUAAUUCUGUUGGCGGAGGGAUUUUAUACAACAAGUGCUGUGAAGGAGCUGCAUGGCGAAUUCAAGACAACCAUCUGUGGCCGUUGCAUCAGUGGAAUGUUUGUUUUCCUCACCUAUGUUCUGGGGGUAGCCUGGCUUGGAGUCUUUGGCUUCUCUGCGGUCCCAGUCUUUAUGUUCUAUAACAUAUGGUCAACCUGUGAAGUCAUCAGAUCCCUCCCGGCGAAUAUGACAACUUCAGCAGACCAGAUCUGUGUGGAUAUCAGGCAAUACGGGAUCAUCCCUUGGAAUGCAGUACCUGGCCGAGCAUGUGGGUCAGCCUUAGCAGAAAUGUGCAACACACCUGAGUUUUAUUUGUCUUACCACCUGUUCAUUGUGGCCUGUGCUGGAGCUGGUGCGACUGUCAUAGCCCUGCUGAUCUACAUGAUGGCUACCACAUAUAACUAUGCUGUUUUGAAGUUUAAGAGUCGGGAAGAUUGCUGCACUAAAUUCUAAAUUGCCUAAGCUCAGUAAACAGCUACAUUCUGUAGCUUGAAAUACCACUGACACCCUAGACUAAGAGUCUAGCUUUUGAAGUUUGUUACAGUCAAUUGUAAAUAGCUUCAGUAAGCGUCUGUUAAGCAUAUUAGAUUAAUACAAAUUAUUUCUUGUAUAUGAAUAAGAAUGUGGUUGAGAUCUGGCUGCUUUCUAUACUAUGAGAAGGUGCAGUUAUUUUUUAGCAGUGUUGUAAAUCAUCCUUUUAAAGGAGGGCUUUUAUUUUAACGAGCUAUUUUUCUAACUAUCAUCUCUGAAACAAUUACUGGAUCGAUUUAAGGGCCUGUAAUAAGUUAUUUUAUGCCUGCUGUUCACUAAUCUGAAAAAUAAUAAAGCAUCUGUUCUACAAUAGAUGACAUGCAAAAGGACAAGCUUGAUUCUUGAUAGUGGCCAGUGACUGCCUUGAACUUCCAAGACUCCUUUCACAAAGUAUUGCUUUGUUUAAAAAAAAAGUGUUACCCAUUUGCCUCUUAUUCCACCAUAUAAAAUAAAACAGCCUCAGUUUCAAAGCCACUUUACCAGAAAACCCCCAUAAAUGGAACUUUCUCUGGUCAAAUGCUUUGAGACACAACUAAUUUGGCUCACUGAAAGUCUCUUGAUGAAUUGAAAUACCAACUCAUUUUUUUUUCUUCAGAAGACAAAGCCCACCCAGUUUUCUAGCUGCAGCAUGUAAACACAUCCCCAGCCCUUUUGCUAGGUCCCCUGCUUGUGAGAAAGAGCAGAUAUUGGCUGCAUUAUGGCACCACAUAUGCCACUGAAGUACAUCUCAAUGGCUCUGUCUUGAUGUAUAAUCGGCCCACAUGGCAGGAUGAUGGUCAACUAUAUUUUCCUCUAGUCAGUAUCCUGGGAAGGAACUUUGAAAAACUUAUGCAUACAUUUCCUUGAACCCACACUGGGGGGCUUGAUGGGGGGAGAACUAUGACAUUGUCAAGUUGCUCUGGUAGGCUUCAGCAUGUAAACUUGCAAGUAUUUUCAAAGCUUUCCUGUUUCUGUUGUUCUUCUGCAUUAACGCUUUUGUUCCUAUUUCAUACUAACUUUUGCCAGCUGUUCCUUAAUAGAAUGACGCAUGCAACGUUUUGGAGACCUUUAGGAAACCCUUCUGUCUGCCUAUUCAAUAAUGUAGAAUAACUUUUGUAUUAAUCUGACUCACUGCCUGCUUUGCCUCUUGACAUGCUCACUAGCCAUCAUGCUCACCCUUCUCUUCCAGAUCCACUUCCUCAUGAUACUCUCCUCUAACUGGGCCUACUUAAAGGACGCAAGCAAAAUGCAGGCUUACCAGGAUAUCAAAGCAAAAGAAGAACAGGAGCUCCAGGAUAUCCAGUCUCGGUCCAAAGAGCAACUCAAUUCUUACACAUAAAUGUUUGCCAGAGUCCUUUUUGGAAGAAUUUUGUAGCUCUGACAAAUCAACACGCAGCUGUUCUGCAGUACAGGUGUAUGUCCAAGCAAAUACCGAAGUGUAAAAACUUCAUAUUCAUGCUCCUGGGCCAUGUUCAUAGGGAAAACCUUGCAGUGGAUAUCCUUCAUUCCUUUAGUACUGAGUUUGGAGUUGGGGGGGAAGGGAGAAUGGGGCAGGUUGAGUAUCAUCCUCGUUCUAGGCCACGAAGCACACACACACAACCAAGUAAAAUAUCUUUAUGGAUGCUCUUGGUAAUUAUGAAAAAUUACUGAUAUAACAAAAAAUGUCUUUCCGAGUGGAAUACUGCAGUAAGUAUUCAGCCCUGCAAGGACUAGAAGAUUUUAAAAGGCUGUACAUAAUUACACAGGUGUAACUAAGAUUCUAGUGCUUUAAACUAGAUAAAGGUAUUCCUUUUAUGCUGAAUGCUGAUGGUUGUAUUUGUUUUCAGAAAGUUGUAAAUCAGCUUAUUCAGUCUAUCUCAAAAUUAAAACUAGGUUUUGUGGUCUAAAUUGUAGAAAUAUAUUCUGAGCCACUCUCCUUUUUCAACAAUGCUAUAAUGAGCCACUGUUCUACUGCACUUACCUGAGUAAGUUGGGUGCUGAAUGUCCCCAAGUUUUGUUAUUUUUAGAAGUGUUUGAUGGAAUGUAAGACAGACCCCCACAGAUCAGGAUAAUGAUUCCCCUUCUCUGAAAAUAAAUGUCAGCUUUGCCUUAAUGUUUAUUUUCUAUAAAUGUCUUAAGCAUUUAUAUAGCAGCAGGAGGUCAUUAUACUGUCUGUGUUUUAUCUAAGUGGAAAGUAUUACCUAGUUGAACUGACACUGACUGAACUGCGUAAAGUGAGAUAAUUUGUAGAUUAAAAAAACAAAAACCCAUAGCCAUACUGAGCACUGCACAACUACCCAUCUGAAUUUUGGUGCUCAACAUACAGUUAUAGACAGUGCUUUUUUGUUUUCUCUUACAAUAAGAAACUGUGGUGUUCAGUAAAGUAUUGGGUGCCAUUUUAAACCUAUUUCCCACAGAAAUCUGCUUUCUAAUAUUUUUGGAAACAUUCAGUGCUAGCUUGAGUACUAGUGAUGGUAUAUUUUGGUGUGCUAUUUUUUAAAAAAUUAUAUAAAUGUUGGAGAAAAAGUACAUCAGUGAGUUUUAAAUCAGUAAAAAGUCAAGUCCAUACAUCCACAUUAAUGUGUGGUUUGAUUUGUUUUGAAUGUUUGCUGAAUAUUAAAAUGCUCCUGUAGGCCAUGCAGAAGUGUAUAAAAAUAAAAGGAAGCACAUUUCUUUAGGAAGGUUAAAUAAAAUAAAUGUGGAAAAGAAAUUCAGGUAUUACCUUGCUUUUUUGUUACAUGCUUAAAUCAUUUUUUUAAAGAGGCAAAAAUUCUUUGUAGAGCAGAUGAAAAAAUAGCUUAGUGUUUGUUUUUACCUGUUGCAUGAAGGAUACCAAUUUCUACAGCAAUGCAGGUGAUGUUCUUUCUAGUUCAGUGUUUGCAUAAAGGUAACAGACAGUGUCUUAAAGCCUAAUUCUUUUCUAAUUCUAUGUAGCUAUUAUUGGGAGUUUUUGAAGUUUUGUUUAAGUAGUCUAAUAUUUUUUAUGUAAAGAGCAUUAAAUUUUGCUAUGUAUAAAUUUUUGUAACCUAACCGUGAAUCAAUAUUUUCUAUCAGUGCCAAGGGCUUCCUGUAGUUAUAUCCAAGUGUUACAAUAAAUAUUUGUAGAUAAUAGAACCAA